AUGGCUCUCAACAAAGACGACCAUGAGUCAGUAGCCGAUCUUGAUUCCAAUGCCUCUACCAUCUACACACCCCCUGCUACCAUCCACACACCUCCAUCUACCAUCAUCGGCGAUGGUAACCGCGAGGACCAAGGCGAUCAAUGCUCUCACCACUCAAGCUCAGUCCCACGGCCUAAUUACACCUACCUGAUCCGCGCCUCCUCGUCUGGGAGACUCCUGACUUUAGACUCUGGGCGCGUUAUCUUAGCCAAACCAGGCGAUAACCGUGGCUCUAGCAUCCACUGGAAAUGCACCGAGACCAAUGGAUGGCUCCAUUUUCAGAAUGCCGCUUCCGGUUGCUUUAUCGGCCAUAAUUUCUGGGGCAAUAUACUUUGCACUGUAUAUUGGGCCAAAGAAUGGGAGAGAUUCAGUGUAAAGCCUACACCAGACGGUGGAUAUUAUUUGAUGAUGCCGCAUUGGUCGAGGCUAUGGAAAGUUGGGAUGAGGGGGGAUUAUCUAGCAAAGCUUGGGGAGGGGGAAUCUGGAGACUCCGUGAAUACUGGAGAGGGGGAGGGACAGAUAAUUGUCUGGGAGUUUAUUGAGGUUUAG